AUGGCUCAAAAUCUCAAAGACAAACUCCUGGGUGCCGUCCUGCAUUGGCCACCAACUCCCCCACGCAACAAAGUCGACACCCACCAUCACUUUGUGCCCGACUUCUACGCCAAAGGGGAUCCGAGUGGAUGGCCCACGCCGACUUGGAGUUCCAAGAGUUCUCUGCAGCUGAUGGACAGAUUGGGCACCAGGACCGCCAUACUGUCCGUCACUGCACCAGGGGCAUGCAUUGCAGCAAGCGGACCCGAGUCCGCCGAUCUGGCACGCAGAUUGAAUCUCGAAGGAGCGAGAAUCCGCGACGGUAACCCAGCACGAUUUGGUUUCUUUGCAAGUCUACCAGAUGUCCUGGACACGACUGCGGCGCUCAAGGAGUUACGCUACGCACUCGACGACCUUGGAGCGCACGGGGUUACCCUGUACACUCGCUAUGGCAGAUCCAAUACUUAUCUGGGAAACCCUGCCAUCGAGCCAAUUUGGGCCGAACUGAACCGGCGAAAAUGUGUCGUCUUCAUCCACCCGACACACCCGGUCGACACGAGUCCCGUCAACAAACGCAUGCCUCAGCCGAUGAUCGACUACCCGCACGAAACGAGCCGGACCGCCAUGGACAUGAUCAUGAUGGGGACGUUGAAUAAGUAUCGCGACUGCAAGGUGAUUCUGUCCCACGCCGGAGGCACCUUACCGUACGUCAUCAGUCGGAUUGCCACGCCCCUGAGCAAAACUCCAGACCUGGCCGCGAAGGCCGCGAUCGGCGUCACGCACGAUACGGUGAUGGACAACUUUCGGAGCUUUUACUUUGAUUUGGCCCUGUCGAGCUCACCCGCCGUGUUGAACAUGCUGCUCGAGCUUGUUCCUCACGGUCACAUCCUCUACGGGAGCGACUUUCCUUACGCUCCUCUACCCGCGUACCCGGCCUUUCUCGAGCAGCUCGAGACAUUCCAGAUGGACCGGGAACUGCGCGAGAAGAUCAAUUUCCGAAAUGCUCAGACCUUGUUCCCGGGUCUGGGGAGGUCCUCGAUCUGA